CUGGCCACAGUGACUAACAUGAAGGACAUGAAGAGACUCAUCAACAUCUCAGCUAGAGAUCAGAGUGAAGCCUGGAUUGGUCUGUAUAAUAAAACACUUGGUACCAGAACAUGGUACUGGUCUCUGCCUGGAGUGGAGUUCAGUGUCAACGAGACAAACUGGAACCAAGGAGAAUCUAAUGAUUGUGGAAAACAGGAGAAUUGUGGCUUGUUGGUAAAUACUUCUAAAUGGGGAUAUGCAAGUUGCUCCAUCCAAAGAUAUUUCCUCUGCUACAAUGAUACGAAUACAACUCAGAAAUAUCACCUGAUUAAAGACAUGAAGACCUGGCAGGAAGCUCAGAGUUACUGCAGAGAGAAACACACAGACCUGAUCAGUGGAACGAAGCAACUACAGGAUGGAGAAGUGGAAAAAGUGAUCAAGUCCACACACAGAAAACCAUUCUUUGGUUUGUUCAGAGACACCUGGAGGUGGUCAGAUGGAAGCAGUUUCUCUUUCAGACACUGGAAUCUACAGUUUAACAAUUAUCAACCCAACAGAGGUCAAUGUGCCAUGACUAAGUUUGAUGAUGGAGGCAGAUGGACGAAUGAGAACUGUGCUGAAACAAAACCCUUCAUCUGUUAUGAUGAUAAAGUGAUCCUGAUUAAAGAAAAUAAAACCUGGGAGGACGCCUUGUACUACUGCAGAGGUCACCACCGUGACCUGGUCACCAUCACCAACAUGGAUGAUCAGAGAUGGAUCCAGGAGAAAGUCAAGAACGCAUCGACCCCUUUUGUCUGGAUUGGACUGCACUACGCCUGGUCUCUACAUUUCUGGGUCUGGGUCAGUGACGAGGAGGUCAUCUAUGAGAACUGGGCCUCAUGUCCACAGAUGGACGACUGUGACGUGUCUGGAGCCAUGGAGACGAGAGGAGGACAUAAGUGGCUGGAAAAAAAAGACAGCGAGACGUUUAAUUUCAUCUGUUCUAAAAAUUGAGACCUAAGCCUUUGGCUUUUGAUUGUUUUGUGCCCAGAGUUGCAUUUAAAAUUUCACAAAUAUAACUCUGGAAAGAAUGAACAGUUCACUGAACCCCAUUGAAAACCUCCUGGUUAUUCCACCAAAUAUUGAUCUCGAAGUUCUUCCUGAGUUAAAACAUUAAUUUUGUUGUUUCUAAAUGAACACAAACUUGUUUCCUUUGCAUUGUUUGAGGUCUGAAUCACUGCGUCUUUUUCGUGAUUUUGACCAUUUCUCCUUUUCUGCAAAUAUAUACAAAAUUUUCACUUGGAGUUUGGGAGACACGUUGUCAGGAGUUCAUAGAAUAGAAAGAACAAUGUUCAGUUUACUCAAACAUAUAGUCAAAUCAGAGAAGCUACAGGGUGAUUCUAUUGUUCUUGUAUCUUUUAAUUCAACAUCUAUACUUAUCUAU